GUUUGCUAGCUGGGCGGGGCGAGACUCGCAGCCCUCAGAGUCUAAGCCCAGGCCCGGCUCUCCUCUUUCACUUCGCCCCUCCGGAGGACCUGACGGGGCUGGGAUGCACAACAGCUCACCCUGGGCACUGCAGAGACCCCGUUCAAUGAAGCUUGAGCAGAGUCGCAGCCUUUAGAGAACUACAAUUCCCAGAAGACACAGCAAGCUCCUGGUCCAACCCCAACUGCCCCAGAGGCCGGCUUUGAGGCUGAAGAAGGAAAUCUCACCUGUCCUGGGAACUGAGAGUCCUCCUGGUCUGUACGAGCACCCUGAGAGACAGGAAUUCUGCUUGUUUUUUUGGAUGAGAAAACUGAGGCCCCAUCACAUGAAGUGACUUGCCCACGGCUACGCAGCUGGUGAGGACGUGGAAACUCGCCUGAACCAGGGCAGCAAGCCUAGGCAGAGAUCAUUCUGGCUGCUGUGUUGACACACGGCGUGGAGGGCGAGGGCAGAAGCCUGCAGACUGGGAGGAGGCAACUGCACUAGUGUAGAUCUCCUGAGUGUGCCUGCGCUUCUCACUGCUCAUGCCGCUGGGACUGGGGCGGCGGAAAAAGGCGCCGCCUCUGGUGGAAAAUGAGGAGGCUGAGCCAGGCCGUGGGGGGCUGGGCGUGGGGGAGCCGGGGCCCCUGGGUGGGGGUGGGGCAGGGGGGCCCCAAAUGGGCCUGCCUCCCCCUCCCCCAGCCCUGCGGCCCCGCCUCGUGUUCCACACCCAGCUGGCCCACGGCAGUCCCACGGGCCGCAUCGAGGGCUUCACCAAUGUCAAGGAGCUGUACGGCAAGAUCGCCGAGGCCUUCCGGCUGCCAGCUGCUGAGGUGAUGUUCUGUACCCUCAACACCCACAAAGUGGACAUGGACAAGCUCUUGGGAGGCCAGAUCGGGCUGGAGGACUUCAUCUUUGCCCACAUCAAGGGGCAGCGCAAGGAGGUAGAGGUGUUCAAGUCAGAGGAGGCGCUGGGGCUCACCAUCACUGACAACGGGGCCGGCUAUGCCUUCAUCAAGCGCAUUAAGGAGGGAAGCGUGAUUGAUCACAUCCAGCUCAUCAGCGUGGGUGACAUGAUUGAGGCCAUCAACGGGCAGAGUCUGCUGGGCUGCCGACACUACGAGGUGGCCCGUCUGCUCAAGGAGCUGCCCCGAGGCCGCACCUUCACGCUGAAGCUCACAGAGCCCCGCAAGGCCUUUGGUGAGGGGCCUGCCUCCUGGACCACUGCUGUUAGCUUGGGUUCAGGCCACAGUGGCAGGGAGACACCAGCAGGUGGCACCCAAGGCCAGCCAGCUGCAGUAGAAGACAUGAUCGGUGUACGCUCAGGGGGUGGCCGCCCUGGCUCUGGCCCCCAGCUGGGCACUGGCCGAGGGACCCUCCGGCUCAGAUCCCGCGGCCCUGCCACAGUAGAGGAUGUGCCCUCAGCCUUUGAGGAGAAGGCGAUUGAGAAGGUGGAUGACCUGCUGGAGAGUUACAUGGGCAUCAGGGACACGGAGUUGGCGGCCACCAUGGUGGAGCUUGGAAAGGACAAAAGGAACCCAGAUGAGCUAGCCGAGGCCCUGGAUGAACGGCUUGGUGACUUUGCCUUCCCUGAUGAGUUCGUCUUUGACGUCUGGGGUGCCAUUGGGGAUGCCAAGGUCGGCCGCUUCUAGGCCCCCUUCCAGACCUCUCAGUGACCUGGCUCUGCUUGGUGGGAGCCCCGAGUGGGAGGGCCACCAUGGCCUGGACCCCAGCAUCCGGCUUGGACCUUGCUCAGCAGCCCAAGGAUGAUGCAGAGUGGAGGUGGGGCCGGGCCUCCGCCCCACUCCAAUCGGUACCACCCCUCCCCAGCUCCCACCCUGGCUGGGGUCCCCGGUCCCCGCCUUGCCCUGUUCCCCACCUACCUCAGCCGGGUCAGGCGCAGGGGGUGGGGGGGGGGAGGGACCAGCCAGAUUGGGUGGCCACCCCCGCCCCCAGCACUUUCCGUAUCAGCUGCCAAACUGGUCUCUCAUCUCCCUGGGGCCUGUUUGGGGGUCGUGACCUCCCUAGUUUCCUGCUGCAGGGAAUGCAGAAGGGGGGCAUCCCCCCCUCAGCAAAUGCAAUAAUGCCCUCCCCCCCAUGCCCCACCCAGAGAGGAGCCCCCUCACCUUGGAGUCUGUUACCUCCGCAUUUGAAACACUAGUCUGCUGUGAACCCCAACCUCCCUCCCUCCCCUGCCCUCUGUGUCGCCCACAGCCCAGCCCCAGACAGAAGGGGCAGGAGGGAGGAUGGCGGUGGGCUUUUGUAUCUGAAUUUGCUGUCUUGAACAUAAAGAAUCUAUCUGCUGUUGGA